AUGAGAAGAGAAGGAGCUCGAUUCAAUGUAAGAACCAAUCAAACCGUGAAGAAAUGCCCUCUAUGUACGAAAUGGCAUUGCCAUAAACAUGUCAAGAAUACUGAUUUUGAAAAUUUCAUUCAUCACUACAAUUCAGAUCGAGCCUUUCGGAAACAGGCCAAUAUUAUGCAUUCGGAAAUGAUCAAGAAUAACAAGAAUGAUAACAAUGAAGAGAAUGAUGAGAUCAAUCAUGAUGAAAUUAAUCUCGUCGUCCAACAUGAGAAUAAUAUUACGAAUCGUCUUGAUGAUGAAAUUAAUACCGACGAUGAAAACGACUCUGAAAAUCAUCCUUCCAACCAUCUCUCAUACUCUCAAAUUUCUCUUCCAAAAGAUUUUACUCCACAAAAGUACAAACGUCAUAUCAGUGGUUAUGUCGCUCGGAAUGUUGGAUAUUCUCGAAUUUCGCAUAAACACAAGGACGAUGAUUAUGGAAAAGAUUUUCGGGAAUUCUCUCGGAAAAGCAAAUAUUUUGUGAAGAGCUUGAAACGUUUAGAUUUUAAUUUGAAUCCAUAG